CCGGCAUCCUUACCUCCUUCAGGAAGUCAGUAGGUUUCAUUCAUUCCAGUGUAGUGUGGACUUCCGAAGCUCACUUCAAAAUGCGUCGGAGACCUGAAAGUCAGGCUGCAAGCAGCGACUCUGCCAGCGUUAAUAAAAAGGGACAGAAUCCGGACAGGCAGGCUGAAGCCACACGCAGGGUGUCUUGCAGCUCCGUUCUCAUCAACUUUGGAAAGUGUUUACUUCUGAUCGUGAUCGUCCCGCCGUUCCUCAACUAUGCAUCACUGCAGAGAGAGGGACAGGUGCUCCUGCCUACAGAUGGCCAGAUGGUUGAUGUGGGUUUGGGUCAAAAGAUGCAUCUUUUGUGCAAAGGACGAGGAAAACCAGCAGUUAUACUAGAUGCCCCAACAGGAAUGUCCUCAGACAUCUGGCUCCACGUCCAAGAGAAAGUUUCCUCCCUGACAAAGGUUUGCACCUACGACCGGAUGGGACUGGGAUUCAGCAAGCGGCUGAUGCAGAAUGAAACGACAGGGACAGAGAAGGUCUGGGGGGCGUCCACAACCGGACGGAUGGUGGACGAUCUGCACCGGCUCCUGCAGGCUGCAGGGAUAGCCGCCCCCUUCAUACUCGUCGGCUCAGAGCUGGGGGCGCUCAACGGCAGGUUCUACAGCCACAUUCAUGACGUGCAAGUGUCAGACCUGGUGCUGAUAGAUCCCAUCCCGGAGGACAUUUUCCAAGAGGAGCAGUGGAAGGAGUACUGGUAUGGGAAGCUGCUGCCUUCGCUCCAAGCCCGGCAGUUCUCAGCAGCCACAGGGCUGAGCCGCCUGCUCAUCAUCCUCGGGGCGAUUGAGCCGACGCUAAAAGGAGAAAAUCUCUCAGAGGAGGUCAUCCAGCGUCAGAAGUACCUUCUCAGUAACCCUGCCCACCAGAGCGGCGCUGUGGACGAGCAUUACUUUAUGAACGAAAGCGUCGCUCAGGUCAGGGAUAUAACAAAGUUUAAACCCCUCCCCAGCAAGAUAGCGGUGAGCAUGCUGACCGGGGAUUCCUUUGAUGAGCAAAUGCCAGAACACCUAAACCAAAUGGUGGCCCAACAUCAAAGGAGGUUCCUGAAGGAAUCCUACCCAUCAGCCAGUCACGUUCACAUAAAAGGAGCAGACCGGCGAAUGAUCUACAAGAAGCCAUCUGCCAUCAGCCAGCACCUGUGGAAACUCGUGAGCCAGCGACAAGCCAGACCGCAGAGCGAGUGACCCGUGGCCAGAGAGAGACGGGCGCGCCUCCGAUACGAGGCCGAGCAACGGUUGAAUAUGUUUUAAAUAUUCAAUAAAACAUUCUGCUUUAUCGUU